AUGUCACAAGGAGACGAGGACCAAAAGGAGGACUGGAUACUGGAAGAGGAUUGGAUACUGGAACUACUACAGAGGAAGAGAAGGAAGAAGACUUCGAAAUCCACAAGAGAAGAAUCGAAGCUUCCGUCAGCUUCUCAAACCAACCAUCAGCACCAAGCGUCUUUGAUUCAACCUCUCGGCAACAGAGCCUUCCGCCAAGGACUGAGGGAAAGAGGAGGAAAGAAGCAAGAAGGUCUGCAAAGGACGGCACAAGGAGACGAGGACCAAAAGGAGGAUGGACACAGGAAGAGAUUGGAUACAGAAAGACGGAUUCGGACACAGAAGAGAUUGGAUACAGGAAGGAAGGACUGGACACAGGAAAGAAGAUUGGAUCAGGAAGAAGACUGGACACAGGAAGAAGACUGGACACAGGAAGGAAGGAUAGAAUCAGGAAGAAGACUGACACAGAAAGAAGAAUGGAAACAGGAAGAAGGAUGGACACAGGAAGAAGGACUGGACACAGAAAGAAGAUUGACACAGGAAGAAGACUGGACACAGAAAGAAGAUGGACACAGGAAGAAGAAAUGGACACAGAAAGAAGCCUGGACACAGGAAGAGACUGGACACAGGAAGAAACUAGAUAACAGGAAGAAAGAAUGGACACAGGAAGGAAGAUGGGGAACAGGAAGAAGAAAGAUACAGGAAGAAGACUGGACACAGAAAGAAGACGGACACAGGAAGGAAGACUGCGGACCACAGGAAAGAAGAUCCGAUACAGAAGAAGACUGGACCACAGGAAAGGAAAGGACGGGAAAACACAGGAAGAAGACAGAAUACAGGAAAGAAGAUGGAACAGGAAAAGAAAGAAGGACUGGAACACAGGAAGAAGAUUGGAUACAGGAAGAAAGACUGGAUACAGGAAAGAAGAUUGGAUACAGGAAGAAGGACUGGGAACAGCAGGAAGAAGAUUGGAUUACAGGAAAGAAAGAUUGGAUUAACAGGAAAGAAGGACUGGACACAGGGAAGGAAGAUUGGAUACAGGAAAGAAGACUUGGACACAAGGAGGAGAGACCAAAAAGCGGAAAAUAG